GUUGUCUCCAGCUGCAUUUUGUCAGGAACACCCGUCUAUUCAGACUUCCUACAACAGCUUCCAGAAAUAUCUCCUCUUGCAGGGUUCAGGACGAUGAAGAAGCUCUUGGUGGACGUGGACUGUGGUGUGGACGAUGCUCAGGCCAUCAUGCUGGCGCUGGCCACUCCCAAAGUGGAGCUCCUGGGGAUCACCUGUGUGCAUGGAAACACGGCUGUGGAGAACGUGUGCAAGAAUGUUCUGCGUGUUCUGCAGGCCUGCAAUAAGCUGGAUAUCCCAGUCUUUAAAGGUGCUGAUAGGUCUAUCCUGGGGAACAUGCUGAAUGCAGGAGAGUUCCAUGGAAAGGACGGCCUGGGUGACGCUCCGGACCCCAAUGCUCCAGGACUGGACCAGCUUCAGAAGGAGAGCGCUGUGUCAGCCAUUAUCCGGAUUGUUAAUGAAAACCCAGGAGAG